AUGGAGUCGUCAAGUCAUUCGUUAGAGCUGAUCGACCGGUACAUCAAAAGUUUGUCGCACCAGGACAUUGUUGCUAUUUUGAAUCCGUUACGAUGUCAACUAAUAUCAGAGGAUUCUGUUUUGAAUUUGAAUAUUAUGUAUGUUUUGUAGGGUUGGUAUAAAUGUGCUAAUGGCUACAUUUUGUUAUAACUUAUUCACAAAAUUUAGUUGGUAAGAUAUUUUUUACAGUAACAAUUCAACAGAUUCACUGAAUAAAGGCUUUACUAUCCGAGAGUUUUUGAACCAUUUGGGACCAAAUUGGAAGAAAUGGAUCCACAGGUGUAAGUAAUAACGGAGUAUUAAAGGCAAAAUCAUUUUAUUAUACGUUAUAUCAACAUUGUUAAUUGUAACUAACAGGUAGAAUAUUUUAAAACUGAAACAAAUUCUAGACAGAUACUCAUUAGCGGAAGUUCAAGUAAGCACUCAUACGCCGAUGGAAGUAACUCCGCAUAUCAAAAUGGGUGGAUUCGACUCAAUUGACAUUCCACCAACGGAUUUCGUAGUUAAUUUCAUCGAAAAGUUGAAUAAACACAAGAAGAGACGACUUCUGAAUUGUGCUAGGGAUGGCAUCUUGAGCGACGAGAGCUUUCUCAAUGUCAAUACUUACCUUGGGCCGGACAGGGUUCAGGUAAGGGAUACAAUAAGAGUUGGAGAGAAAGAGGUUGCUAUCGUAGUUUCAAGCAAGAUUUAACUGUAGUAGUAUAAAACAAAAGCUUACUGUUGCAAUUUUAAGCAAGAUGCUAUUGCUGUUUUUUUCAAAAAUGUAAGCUUCUCUUACACUUUUAGGUAUCAAUGAAGAAAGUGGUGGAAACAAUGAAGACCUGGGAGUUGGGUGAAGUCGCUGUCUUCGAAAACCGAUCAAUAUUGUACAAGAUGUACAAGUUGUGUCAUGUCAGCUCGGCCAACUUUGAUGAAGCAAAGAAGGCGGACUUGGAUGUGAGGUCGUUAAUGUGUGGACGUAUCAAGCUACCUGUCUACUACACUAUUACAUUCUUUGUACUGUUGUUGUCCUUAUUUGGAGGUCAUAUCUGGUCAAAUAUUGUUAACUACGAAGAGAUGGAGACAUUGUCUACGGGGCUGAGCAUUGGAAUCGUGGUUUUGGCAAGGUAUUAUAUUAUUUUAUCCAUUUUGUACUGGGACUUAUAAGUAGGGUAGGGACUGUAAAUGUAAAAAAAGAUUUUUUGGGCAAUACCUUAACACAUGCUAUUACAAUAUACAUUAGAUUUAAAGAUAAACCAUAUUUUUAAGAUUAUAAGCCAAGUUUUAUUACUUCUAACAUGACAUUUUAGUAUAAUCCUAGCAGCUCAGCUCUACCUUGGAGCCCAAAUCAUAGCCUUCUUAUGUUGUUGUGAGACCAAUCAGCAUCAGUUGUGUGUCGUAAAGCCUUGUUGGUCGAAAGUACAACUUUAUUUUGGAGUAAUGAUGUUCUACAAGUGUCGUAUACGAUGUUUAAAAGCGUUACAUUUCUUGUUUAUGUGGUAUACUGUAGGGCUAAUUAUCUACGCUCACGAAUAUGCCUUGAACAUAUACCCAGGACUGUUUUGUAUGCUUGCUAAUGGUUUUUGUUACAUUGUAUUUUGUCGUAUCUCAAGGUUUUUGUACUCUUGUAAUCGUGAUGAAGAUCCCAAGAAUUUGUAUGCUAGAUGA